GGUCCGGGCGGCUCGGCCCUCGGGGGCGUGUCGGCAGAGGCGGCGGCGGAGCUCCCAGCUCGGCGCAGGAGGCGGCGGCCAGCAUGGAGAGCGAGCUGGAGGCGCUGGCCCUGCAGCCGGCGAGCCCGGCGGAGCCGCCCUUCCAGGCGCUGGUGGAGGCGGCGGGCGGCCGCGGGCAGGUGCUGCUGGUGGGCGAGCUGUGGGAGCGCGAGCAGAGCCGCGCGCUGCUGCGGGACUUCGCCCGUGCCGUGUUCCCUCCGGAGCCCGCGCCGGGCAAGCCGGGCUGCUCAGAGACCGAGAGCGCGGACACGGCGGCGGCCAGCGAGCCGAGCGGGGCUCCGGGGACGAAGGCGGAGCGCGCCAUCCGCUCGCCGCUCGUCUUCGUGCUGUGCCGCGCCGGAUCGCUGACCUCCCGGGAGCCGCGGCGCCGCCUGCGGGAGAUGCUGCGGGACGUGCGCGGCCGGAGGCGGGAGGGCGCCGCGCUGGUCGGGGUUCUGGUAGCCGACGUGGGGGCGGAGGACGCGGGGGCGCCGGGACUGCAACUACUGGAGACGCUGCUGCGCACUGUGUUCGGCCGCCAGGUCGGGGGCCCGGUGCAGGCUGCAGCCUUCCGUCCCGGCUGCCCGGCCUCCAGCCUGGCGGUCCAGGAGGCGGCCUGCAGGGCCCUGAAAGCUGCGGGACUGGGACGACCAGCAGAAGGUGCUUGGGAAAGACCAGGCCUUCCUGGCCUACUGACUUGCUUUUCCUGGGGUCCUCGGAGGCAGAGGAAGAACCGAAGUGUCACCUCCUCUCAAGGUCCAGUUCAAGAACACCUCCAGGUCUCAGAAGAGGAGCUUGCACUGACACCUGUAUUUCCCAAUGGAGACUAUGAAGACCGUGGAAGUGGAGCUAGAGCCCAGGAUGGAGUUAUCCACAUGCCACCUGACCCCCCAGAGGACACAAGAUGAAGGCUGGACCCCUGGACUGGCCCUAAACUGCACACUGGGCUCUGGCCCUUCUCAGUGAGUCUCCAUGUCACAGUGUUACCUCAGCAGAUGGUGACUGGCUGACUAUGAAGACGCCCCUGCUUGGGGGCUGCCACUUCACUGUUACCAGCUCGACAACAAGGCCUGUGGGACCUGCUCCACACUUAGUGUUCCUUUACUCUGUGGCCAUGGUGGGUUGAUCUUGUCUCUCUGUGCCUUCAUUUCUCUGAGCCAAGGAGCCUCUGUAGCGGCUUUGCAGACAUGUCACUCAGUCUCUGGGCUUGUUUCCCAUGGCUGAAGGGCUGCCAACCCAGUGGCUUUCCACCAGGAGCCACGCUGCACCUCGGGGCAACACUGGAAACUUGUGUGAAAGCAAUUAGUGGCCGUCUCACACUGUGUAGGAUGGACCAGCUACAAAUAAUUAGCUUACUCAGAAUGCUGAUUGUGGUAGUUUUGAGAAAUAGAAGGGCCAAUUCCUUCUCCCUGUCAUUCUGGGAAGAGAUCCCCUUAGGUUUCCUGGGAUCUUGGCUCCCAGAACAAGCCAAAAUAAAGACCUGACUGUUACCGUGAGGAAGCCUGUCAGGCCAGAGCCAAGAUGGCUUGUGUGUUACAGGGCCAGGACCAAAAGCGCCUUGCAUGCUAUGAGAAAAGGGGGCCACUGUUUUUUCUUAUGUUGACACUGGUUACUGUGCCAAAUCCUUUGUGGAAAAGUCUGCUGGGAGCUGCCUAUAGCACCAAGGAGAGGGAAGCCAGGGUAUUGGGUGCUCAGCCCCCCAACUUGUACUAAAUCUCAGGUCCUAGCCCAGGUAUCCUGGAGGUUCUGGAAUCUUCCUCCUGAGUCUGUGAGCCACAUAAAUAUCUCCCACAGAGCCUGCCAGGAUAUCUACUCAUGCCGAGGCAACUGGGGGCUACCUCUCUUGUCCCUGCCUGCCCCUGGAGAAAUCAGCCUUUGGAAGGACAAAGGCUAUUACUGGUUCCCUGAUGUGGGGAAAGCACUUUCAGAGAGAACUGGAUAAAUCCAUACAUUCAUCUGUGAGACACCCUGCAGAUACCCAAUUGUGCCGCGUUUUGCUUAGCUCCCUGUGAGGAGCCCCAUACCGUGGAGUCAUGAUUUCAACUCUUUCUGUGAUGAUACCAAGGGAGAAGAGCCUCCCUGCUCUGUGCCUCAAUUUCCUAUUGGUGAUCCACAGCCUGGUCCUACUCCCUCUCAGUCUCAAGAAAAAAACUGUGAAGUAGAAAGUGAUAGUGUCUUCCUGGCAUGAGGUGGGAGCAGACAUUUUAAUAAUGCAAGGUUGUACCAUAGAAAUGGCCCCAACUAGCAUCUUUUAUUCAAGAAUGAACUCCAGGCCAGGGUGUAGUUCAGUUAAUAGAGGGCUAACCUAUCGUGCUAGUUUGAGCACCAUCAUUGUAUAAACCAGAUGAAGUGCAUAUGCUUCUAACCCCAGUGCUUUGGAAGUAGAGAUAGGAGAAUCAGAAGUUCAAAUCCACCCUCAGCUGCAAUGUAAAUUGGAAGUUAGCUGGGGCUACAUGAGACCUGUCUCAAAAAAAAAAAAAAAAAAAAAAACCUUUGAAUUAUCAAUUUGACUUGAUUUUUAAAUGGGGAGAGUGGUAUAUUUCAAGCUGCUAUAUUUUUGUUACAAUAUUGACCUAUGCAAUCCUGUGUAAUCAUCAGUUGGAGUUUUAUUAUUUCAUCAAGGAAAGGGGCUAGAAAUUUAGGUUGGGAAUUUGUCUAAGACAGAAGUUACAAGGGCUGAAAAUCUUUUGUAUCUGUUACCUAUGUUAAAACUUAGGAAAGUGCACAUUGAAAUCAACGUUGUCGUUUCCUAGGUGAGGGAGGACACGCCUUCUACUCGGAUCUGUGCGAUUCUUCUCCAGCCCUCACUUGGAGCUCCGUGCCCACUGCACUUUCCUCUUUCUGGUCUAAAGUGUGAUUUACACACCGUUCACAUCGGUUGUUGUGGUUCUAAUUGCCAACUGCAGUCUCACCGCUGGUUGUAAAGGUCUUUGUACUGAGUCUGGCUUCUGCAUCCCAGCUGGUAAAACAGGUGCCGCAAACAGUGGCCUGCGGUUCCCAGCAGACAGAAAGACGUGGGUUUCACCAAGAAUGGUCAUGUAGGGCCCUUCCAGGGGACGCUAGAAAGACAUGGAUGGAGGUUGGAGUGGCCUGAGGGAAGGCUAGAGACCUGAAGGAUGCCAGGGGUCCCUUCCCUGGGAGCCCAGUGUGAGGAACUGCCCAGCCAUGCCCCUGGGGCUCUAACCUGUAAUGUGAUGGCGGGUCUCCUGCUUUUGACUUGAAUGCUGGUUCCUUACAUCUAAUAAACCAGACAGUGCCUCACUGUAUCUGAGAGAAGCA